GUAUAGAUUUAAUAUCGGAAACCCAAUUUGCUUUGAGUAUUUCCGAAACAAAUGCUCUGCUUAUAAAUGUCAGGAAUAGAUUAAAUCCUCCAAAAUCAACUAAAACUUUAGAGUAUGUCGAUCAAUUCACUAAAAUGCGAGAUGAUGGGCAAUUAAAUGAUGCUCGAAGGACCUUGAGUAAAUACAAUCUUCACCAAUUUGAACUACCAUUACUUUUAAAUUUGCUACCAUCAAGUAUAGAAGAAGCCAAAACUCUCGUACCAAGCUUGACCCUUCAUUAUUCGGAUAAUGAAAUUCGAGAUAUCUGUGAAGAUAUUAGAGAAAUCAAACGUUAUAUUGAGAGUUAG